AUGGUGUUGAAAGUUCUGUGCAUGCUGAAGAGUGAUGGCCAAGUGCAGGGCCCCAACCACUUAGAACAGAAGGAGAAUGGUCCAGUUGUCAUAACUGGAUGCUUCGUGGGGUUGACUGAAGGCCAGCGCAGAUGCUAUGUCCAUCAGUUUGGAGAUAAUUCGCAAGGCUGUACCAGUGCUGGUCCUCACUUUAACCCAAAAUCCAAAAAAUAUGGUGAGCCAAAUGAUCAAGAAAGGCAUGUUGGAGACCUGGGCAAUGUGACUGCAGGCAAAGAUGGUGUGACCAAUGUGUCUAUUGAAGAUAUUGUGAUCUCAUUUUCAGGAGCUCAUUCCAUCACUGGCCACAGAAUGGUGGUCCAUGAAAAAGUAGAUGACUUGGGCAGAGGUAGAAAUGAAGAAAGCACAAAGACAGGAAAUGCUGGAAGUCCUUUGACUUGUGGUGUAAUUAGGAUCACUCAGUAA